AUGGACUUGCAUGAAUACAAAGAAAAUUAUUAUGAUGCAAAUAUUAUGAAAAGAAGAAGAGUGCAAGAUAAAGUAAUGAAUACUCCAAUUUUGGAAGUCUUUAUGGAUAUUUGUAAAAAAUUAGAUUAUGUAAUGAAAAUUAAUUUAAAAUGAGACAUCAAAAGAAUAUUUAUAGAUGGUGAUACCAAUUAAUGAAUCAAGAGAAGUACUUUAAAAUACAGAUUAAAUUAUCAUAUUGAAUUAUUUAAAAUAGAUAGCUAUUUAUUUGAUAAAAUCAAAAUUAGAAUUAGAAGAUAAAUUGUGCUCUUUUGGGGAUAGUAAGUAAUUUGAAAUUGAAUUAUAAAAAAUGGAAGCAGAUAUAAGAUAACAUAUAAGAGUUCAAUAAUAACUAUAAAUUUUAUUAGAAUAAGCUUAAUAAAAGCUAAAUGAAUUUGAAUCUGAAAAAUUUACAUCAGAAUAAUUUAUAACUGAAUUAAAAAAAAGUCUUAAUAAUAAGGAAAUGGAAUUGAUGACAAUUAAGAAUGAACUUUAAGAUAUAAAAUAUAAAGGAAAUCAAAAGGCUCCAUAUUAGGCAACAAAAACAGAACCUAUUUAAUCUUCAUUGGAUCAUUUAGAAAAUUUAUAACUCUUUACAUUAGUAGAUAAUUCACCAAACAAAAAUAAUUUUAAUUAAGUUUAGGCAGCCAUUCGUAAAGGUAGAAAUCAGCAAUUAAGUAAAGAACCAGAAAAACCUAAAGGGGAUAACACUCCUUAAUUGAGUAAAUGUUGUUCCAUACUGAAAGAAUCAUAACAUCAAGAUUCACCAGAUAAAAUAUCAAGAAAAUAUUCAUAGCCUAAUUAUAUGGAGAUUAAUGCUCUGAGAUUAUUAAUCAAAAAACCUUGGUAUACCUAUUGAUUGAUUUUUAAAGUCCUUUGAAUUAAAGAAAUGAACCUUAGACUUUUAGAAGUAUUAGUUAAGAGACUUCACGUAUCCCUAAAAAAUGUUGA